UAACUGCACGGACCUCAGUUGUGCGCCAAACUUUGCAAACGUCGGGCUACUUUUUUCUGCCGAUCUGUUAAUAUAUCGAAAAUCCUCCAAAAUGGAGUCACUCAACAAAGUGAAAUAUAUAGUCCUGCUGACGUCAUUGAUCAUUGCGGGAAGCCAAGCGGCAUUGCCCUAUCGCCCAUAUGUGUACGAUCAGCAGUUCUGCAUGGACACGCUGACGGGGCGGCAGCUUUACAUAGGCGAGGUCUUCACGCGACAGGGCCAGUGCGUCCGUGUCCAGUGCCUGGAAUCGCAGCAACUCUGGGAGGACAGUUGCCAGGUGCCGAAUCUGACUGAGGGUGAUUGCCGACCAGUUGCGCCCCCGGGAUCGAGUACGGAAUAUCCCCGCUGCUGCCCACUGUACGAGUGCAAGAGCUACGAGUCGUAUGCCGGGGGAACCAUGGAGAAGACCAACACAUACGAUCACUACGGAGCGCCGCGGGACUCCCGUAUCACCGAGAUGAUAGUGAUCGGACAGCGAUCACCGGGUCCGUCGGAGCAGAUUCCCGCAGCACCUGUGAAAAAAUAUCAGGUGUGAAAAGUGCCACGGAAAUACCACUUAAUGCCCACUGUGCUUCGCCUUGGUGUUGUGAUUGUGUGAGCUUAGUUAGAUUUAAUACAGCUGUAAUAGCUAUGUUGGAUGAAUAAAACGAAAAUUAUUACAGAAUAA